AUGUUUAUCCCAUCUGAGAGUGUUACGAGGAGCUCCCACUACGUGAAGCCUUCAUGGGUUGUUCGAGAGCCAGAAACGUCACAACAAUGGGAUUCUUGCGUUUUCACAUUUGAAGUUGAUGACCCUGUUGGAAGCCUCGCCUGGUCGUGGGAUGGAAAGCUUGCAUCGAUAACACGCGUGGAGGGCAGGACUCAGAUUUGGAGCCCCUUGACUGGUCAGUGUACACAUGACCUCAUGCAAGUAGUGCCGAGCUCCAGAAAGUCAGGACAAGUUUAUCGGGAAUUGGCCUGGUCAGAAGCUGGAAUGCUCGCUUUAGUGUCAUCGGACUAUAGAAUCGAAAUUUGGGAUCCCGUCUCACAUCGACGUGUCUCGUGCCUUGAGGGUCAUCGUGACCGGAUUAUACGUCUUGUCUGGCUGCCAGAUGGAAAGGUCGCAUCAGUGUCAAUGGAUUCCACAGCUCGAAUCUGGGACCCGAUCCGUGGCCAGUGCACACUUAAUCUGAAUCUACCUGAAACUGAUCUUUCAUUCGCUGCCUGGUCUCAGGAAGGAUCACUCGCUGUAGGAAUAUGGGGCCAGGCAGAUGGUUCUACAAUCCAGAUUUGGUAUCCCUUCACUGGCCGAUGUCUAUCGGCAUUUGACAAAGACAGUCCGAAAACUGAGACAAUUGACUGGUCAGCUGGUCCAAUUGAGGCAGUUGCCUGGUCAGCCGAUGCAAAGCUCGCAUUUGGAUUAUGGGAUGGUACCGUUCAAAUUUGGGAUUCCUCGAAUGAUUGCGAUUUAUUGUGCCUAAAGGGACAUAAGGAUAUGGUCUCAGAUCUUUCUUGGUCGCGAGACGGGAAGCUGGCAUCAGGAUCUUAUGAUUUAACAAUCCGUAUCUGGGAUCUGGCCACAGGUCAAUGCACGUUCGUUUUGGAUGGGCACAAUCUUGAGAUAACCUCAAUUGACUGGUCACAAAAUGGAAUUCUCGCCUCGGGGUCGAACGAUGGUACAGUGAGGGUUUGGGAUACAGCUAGCUAUGCCGCUAGUCACGAUACUAACCGGCCUAUGAAUGAGGUUCGGUCGGUUUAUUGGUCUCCGGUGGGAGACCGACUAGCGUGUAUGUCUGCAGACGAGAUGCUUAAAAUCUGGGACGUGACCGGCGAGCGGGAAGUAGUCCUUGAGGGUCACAGCAACGGUCUCGAGCACGUCGCCUGGUCACCGGACGGAAGACGACUUGCAUUAUGGACGUCCUCUGGAUUGACAGUGACGGUCUGCGAUCCAGCUACCGGUCAGAUCGAAGUCCUGCAGAUUCAAGAUUUUGUGAUUCCGUCAUAUCCAUUUUGGUCGAUGGACGGAGCUCGCCUCGUAUGUGGAUGGUCUACGAAAGGCGCAUUGUACAUCUGGGAUUUGACGCCCGGACAACCAACCAAUACGUUGGUCGCUAAGCCCGGCAGUCUGCGAUAUGAAAAGACAAAUGCCAGAUUGCCUAUUCUGCAUACAGAUGUGGGCAGUUUUGAUUUCGGGCAGUCCUUGUCUCUGCCCAAAAACCCCAAUCAUCCUAAGUCCGACAAGUAUACGGGAGAGUCCACCAAGUAUGCGGGAGGCUUUGAUCUAAGCAGUACUUGGAUCACUUGGCGAGACCAUAAGUUCCUCUGGCUGCCUCCAGAAUAUCGACCGAACGAUAGCACGAGCGGCUUGGUAUCGGAUAUGGUCAUAUCCAACGACAUUGCAAAGUUUGCCAUUAGUUGCUCGAGAGGCCGAUUUUGGACUAUAGCGAUUGCUUACAAAUGCCUACUGUCGGCAUUCGAUUGCUGA